UGGCCCAAUACUAUCCCUCUGCAACUUUGGAGGAGAAUAGGAAUGGACCUAACCAGCCCUUGCUUCCUGAGCUUCAGGAAUAAGAAGAAAAACUCUCUUCUAUUAAAAAUUCAGCUAAAACCCCAGUUUCACUUGCAGCAAAGGAGAUUUCUUGGUUACCAUAAUCUGCUCUUUCUGGGAUUUCAAAAAUGAGAGUGAAGAAGCAGAAACGCCAUCGCAGGGCGGUCAGGUUCUACACAGCAAGUUUUGGGUUCAGGCAACCGUUUAAGAUUCUCUGCGAUGGGACACUUGUGCAUAACCUUAUAGUAAAUCGCGUUGCACCCGCCGAUAAUGCUCUGUCCAACAUCCUUGGUGGCUCCGUCAAGCUCUUCACCACCAGUUGUGUUCUUGAUGAGCUCAAAAGACUUGGUAAUUUCUACUCUGAAUCCCUCCAGGGAGCUCAUAAACUCAUGAUUGCUAGAUGUGAUCAUGAGAAUAAAAAGAGUGCCGAAGCUUGCAUUGUGGAGAUUCUUGGAGAAAAUAACCCUGAGCAUUUUUUUGUUGCUACCCAGGACUUUGAUUUGAGGAAGAAGUUUAGGGAGGUACCCAGUGUCCCUCUCAUAUUUGGUCUGAGAAAUGCUCUUUUCCUUGAGCCACCAUCUGCAUUUCAGCAUUAGUUUGUCAAAACUUCUGAAGAACAACGCUCACAUGCAACUGAAUUAGAAUAUAAAAUCUUGAAAAAAAGGACCAAGAGCACAUCAACAAACAAGGAAACUGGACAUUCAUAUGAUGACAAUAAAGUUCCAGGAGAAAUGCAGCCUGAUAUAAAGAAGCACAGUGCAAGGAGAAUGGAUGUCAAGGAUCGACUGCAAUUUAAAAGAAAGAGAGCUAAGGCACCAAAUCCACUUUAAUGCAAGAAGAAAAAGAAGGAUGUAAACCCAAAGCCCUCCUCAGAGAAGGAAUAUAAUGCUGCUGACAAUGCUAAGAGAAGUAGGAGCAGGAAAAGAAACAGAUCGCAUAAAGGUAAAAAUCCAGCGGAGAUGGACAGCAAGUAGAGUACUUAUACCAAUUGGUCGAGCUUAUGAAAUGGAUAUGCAUUAAAUUGGUUAAUUUGAUGCAAUAUAAAGCCUAAUUGUCACAUGUGAUGUGAAAGAUGAAAUUUUAUUUUCAUAUUAAAUUAGAAUAGGAUAAUAUUUUUUUUAAAAAAAGGUAAUGGUUGUGCACUUUUUCGGAUUUUUUUUUUUUAACAAAAAGAUACCAUGUAGUUAUCACAGUUAGCAAUUGAGGAUAAAUAAUUAAAUUCAUUUAUUGAUAAAUUAUUUAAUUUUUUUCAUUUGUAUAUUUUCAGUCUUA